CGUCACCUGAUUACUUGCAGCAUGCAUAAUUCCUCCACACGCCGUGUUUGACUAGACUAUGUCUGUUUCUUCAAACAAUAUGGAAGACAACCACAGCAGAUCUACCCCCGACCAAUACAACAACACCGCUCUCGACAAUGCAGUUGAGGAUAUUAGGCUCUUCAGGUUUUCCCGGGACACAGCCCAUGAAAGCCAGGUCUCAUCACCAAUCCGGAUAGAGCUGGUUACCUGGCCGGACGUAGCGAGGAGCUUUCUCAUUUCAUCGGCAGCAAAGAGCAUGUCCCAUUCAAAUAGCGUGAGGGUGGUAUUUUGAAAUGGGCCGACUCCAUUUCAGAUGGAUUGAGACAUGCGGCGCUACGUACAGAGUCACGAGGUUUAAGGAGAAUUCCUUGGAAACACGCAAGCCUUUUGUCAAAGAUUCGUCAGAAAAUUGUAGCGACCGAGCGGAGCUAUUGUGAUCCGGUUAUAACCCUCAUGGGCCGGCCUUAUUUCCAACGGCUCUGGAUCUUCCAGGAGCUAUAUUUAGGGAAACGAGUUACCAUCUGUUGCGGAGGUGAUUCCGU